AUGACAUCUAAAAACAGCCAACGGCUGUCAACUCAACAUGAUAUACAAGCAAUCGACAAAUUUGUUGAACAUUUAAAUGGAACAGUAAAUUCAUUAUUCGCUCAGCUUAUAAAUAGCGGCGAUAGUAUAGAUGAAAUCGAUCGUAAAAUGGUUGAUCAUAUUCGUAAACGCAUUUUGACAACUGAUGCAUCAAAAGUUCUUGAUAGUCAUCAAAGAGUUGUUGCUGCGUUGCAGGUAAUAGUCGAUUAUGCUUAUCCUGUAUUACUUCUUCGACAUUCAGCACCUAAUGCAGUGUCUACAUUGAUAUCACUAAUUGACUGGAUGUUUAUUCCUAAACUUGUUGAACGUAAAUGGCUGCCAGAAAUAACUCAGCUCUUUGAUCAAACAGUAGAUUCCUUUUUUGUGAUUCAUAGUUCAAAUCAAGGUAAUGAGCUUGGGGUCAAUCAAACUUCUGCAAAAAAUGCUUUUGCAUUGCUAUUGAAAAUGCUUAAUUCUGUUUAUGAAACAAAAACUGGUCGAAUUCAUACAAAAGUUAUGAAAAUCGUUCAAGCAUGCUGUCAUAGUAAAUUUGUACGUCGAAGUGAACUUGGAAUUAUAAUGGCAGAAGAUUUCUUUGGGCUUAUUUCAUACAUAUUGUAUGAACCUAUAUUCAUGCCUCCAAAAGAACACAUUACUGGUUCAACAUACAAAUUUUCUUGGUCUGAUUUCCGAUAUGAUGAAGUAGACCUUAAAGGCGAGGAGAAGGUAGAGUCAAAACCUCCAGCACGUCUACGACGUUUUGAAUCAAGACUUGUUCGUCCCAUCGUUAUUUGUCUAUUACUUGGCCUCAAGAAUGAUGAACGUAAAAAUCUUCCAGAAAUUAUUUGUCGUGCUUUGCAUACAAAAUUACCUAAGCAAAUUUCAUUGACUGCUUCUGGCUUGGAAAAUAUUUUUAAUGCGUUAAUUAAAACACCAGAUACUUUUAUGCUAUUCCUUGAUAAAAUUUCUGUGGAGGUAUCCAACAAGAAAACAACACUGCUUCCAAUAUUGUUUGAUGCACUGAUAGAACGAAAUCUUGUAUCAGAUAUGUGGAAAAUGUUUGAUAUUACUUCAAAAUUUGAACAAUAUUUAUUAUCUACCAUAAAAUGCGAAGAUGAUUUGAAACAAAAAACAGAUGUAAUUUGGAAUGCGUUUACACAAUCUGUUGAUGAUAAAUUUCAUGAAUUUGCAUCAAUUAUUGCUCCAAUGUUCGUACAAUGCUUGAUAGUAGGUCAAAAGAAGGGAUUAAAUAUUGAAUGUGGCAUAAAAUUAUCGACUGUAGCAGAAGAAAUGAUUCAUUUUUUUUUUGACAUUCUUCCUACAACUUCAUUCGGACAAACUUUAUCAUGCAUAUUUGCAUUAUUAAAAUUUAUUUUCAAUGAAGAAGAUUGUCAUAAGAUUCUUUUAACAAAUAUUAUUCCACGUAUUCAAACAGAAACAGGUUUUUACUGUUUUGUGCACAGUAAAACAUUUUUGGAUGACUUUCAUAUGGUAUUAGACGCACUUAAAACAUCGAAAUCUAAUGAGACUCUGAAAAAAAUUAUUUCCAUAAUUCUUCACAUAUUAACUAUGAUCAAUGAAAUGAAAUUAACAAAAGAUGAAUAUUUAUCAGUUACAAAAAUUCUUACAGAAUUAUGUGAAGAUAUUGAAUAUGGAAUAUUGACACGAGAAAUAUCAAUGCAACAUCUUGGUGACUUUUUGCAAAUGCUCAAUCAUGAUGAAAGUUAUAUAAGUACUUGUGCUGUUAAAUUAAUUGGUGCUACAUUUGAUAUGAAACCAAAAGAGCGCGAAUUAUUAUUGAAAAAUUAUGGAUUACCUCAAUUCUUUUCAGUUGAUGAAAUUAAGAAUACCAAUGGACUUAGUUUUUCAUCAACACUUGAAAAAGAACAUUUUUCUCAGGUUAAAGAAUUUUUAGAAAAAGAAAUUGACACUACACAUCAUAGUCAAUCAACAUGUGGUUCGGCUCGAAAUCAAUUAUUAAACAACGUUCAGAAUGACGUCACAUCUCAACCAGCGCCUAUAAGCGAUUAUAUACCGAUGGUUAUGACAAAAACAACACGUGAAAAUUUGUUGAUUAUUAUUGAAGCAGCAAAAAAUCCGAUACCACUACUUUUAGAAGGUGCUACUGGUGUAGGAAAAUCAGCCACGAUUACUGAAGCUGCACAUUCAUUCGGUGCAACUUUAGUUCCUUUUAAUCUUUCAUCACGAUCAACAGAAGAUGAUCUUUUUGGAAAAUUGAAUAUAAAUCGUUAUGGUAUAACAAUGAAUUAUCAACCAUUUACAAUUGCAUUUGAAAAAGGUUAUUGGAUUUUGCUUGAUGAAAUUAAUCUUGCACCAUCGCAAACAUUACAAGCAUUGAUUGCUUCCCUUGAUACAGGUAAAAUUACUUUAAAAGAUCCAUCACAGACAAAUUCCGUCAAAAUUAUUCAUCGUCAUCCUGAUUUUCGUCUAUUUGCAACACAAAAUCCGAAUUCUGGUUUUUUUAAAGGUAAAAGAGAAGAUUUACCAUCAUCAUUGCUUUCUCGUUUCGUACCUGUUAUAUUUCGUAAACUGCCUGAUGAUGAAUGGGUUGAUGUAAUUGUCAGUCGAUUAGAAAGUUUAAAACCAUUAGAAACAAAUAAAAGUUUAAGAAAAAUGGCUGAACAAAUAAUUAAAUUUCAUACAACAGUUGAAACUUUAAUUCAAGGUGAUUUAUCAAGUACGCAACGUAAGCAAACAUUUCCAGAAAUUGGACCCUAUGCUGAAAUAUCAAUUCGUGAAUUACUUCGAUUAACAUCACAUAUUACAUUACUAAUGAAAUCGAAGAUUUGGAAAUCAAUUGAUACAGAUGAAGGAAAACAAUUACUCUCAAGUGAAAUGUGGACAAUAUAUGGAGCUAGAUUUCGUCGUGAAGGACGACAAGUAAUUUGCGAAACAAUAAAAAAAAUGGGCUUUGUUUAUGACAUAUAUCAAAACCGGAGUACUACAGUUAGUAUGGUUAUUAAACAUGAUUGUCUUCAUUUUGAUUCUAAUCAUCGCCUUCAACGAAAUUUAAUUGAACAAAGCGUUUUGGAAUCUAUCAAUACACAAUAUGCUGUUGACAUUUUUAAAUCAUUUAAGAUUCAAGGACUAGAAAAUAACUUAAAUAUCGAAAAACUUGAGAUUCUAACGAAAGAAGCUGCUCACAUCCAUAGUCACAUACAACAAACAUGUUUUAACGCUAAAUUUAUAGAAAAAUAUGGACUGUAUAACGUACAACAAAUAUGGCUAAAACAAUGGCUUCAAUUGGUGUUCUCUAAAAUUGGUAGUAAUAAAAAUUAUGAAGAGACUUUUGCUGCAUGUGGGAUUGUAUUUUAUGCUUUAAGAUUUCGCUUCAAAGAAAUACAAGAAAAUUUUUGUGAAAAAAUUAAUUCAUCGUUUAAGACUAACAUUGAUAUACAAACAGCUAAACAAAAAGUUGGUGAUAUAUCUGCAUUAAUAUCUGCUGCAUCUGUAUUUGUUAUUACACGACGAGUAGAACAAGUUUGGAAACAAAUGGUUUCAGCAUUUAGCGUUAAUGAGCCAAUUUUAAUUGUUGGAGAAGUCGGUUGUGGUAAAAGUGAAACUGUUACCGCUUUGAUGCUCUUAAUUCAAAAAAAAUUAUUUUCAUUAACAUUUUCACCCGAAACAGAUCCAUCAGAUCUUGUUGGACAAUUUAUUCCAGUUGGAAACAAUUCAAAUAAUAACGGCAAUCUUGUCGAUUGGAGUAAUGGUAUUGUAACAGAUGCUAUAAAACAUGAUGCUGGACUUUUACUUGAUAAUUUAAGCGAUGCUGAUUCAUGUGUAUUAGAAAGAUUAAAUUCAUUAUUAGAGCAACCGUCUGUUUGGGUAUUAACUGAAAAAGGUGAUACAGAACCAAUGAAAAUACCAAAAAACUUUCGUAUAAUUGCAACAAUGUCUCCAACAGGUGAUAGCGCAUCAAAAGCAGCAGGCAUUGGUGGUGAACUUUCACCAGCACUUUCAAAUCGCUUUAUAACAAUAUAUAUGCCAUCAUUAAAACAAAUUGAGUCUGAAUCUAUGAAUGAAUCACUUAAUGAAAUAAGUAUGAUUGUUCAAAGAUUGUUAGGAGAUUCUUCUGACAACAUUACCAUAGCUGCUUCAUUAUGGAUGGAACUUCGCAAAGUUGCUGAUCAACAUGGACAGUCACAAAUUUUUAGUUUUCGGACAAUGAUUCGAUUAUUCGAUUGUACAUACAAACUUCGAGCUCAUACACCAGAACUGACUUUAAAGGAUGCUCUUUAUCAUGCAUUUGUUGCUACGAUUCAAGAACAAAUUAAUACAACUAAUCAAUUGCAUAAAAUACUAGAUGAAGUUGCUCAUAAACAGCUUCAAAUAGCUAGUGACACUGGAACUCAAACAAAACCGAAUUUAUCAAAAUUUUUCAAUAAAAACGAAAGUUCUUCGGAACAUGUCCUAUCAAAUAAUCGUCUUCUUCAUGCAGAAACCUGUGGAAAAUGUAUUAUUAGUAAUUAUCCAGUUCUAUUGGAAGGUCCACCAGCAGUUGGUAAAACAUCACUUAUUGUGCAUUUAGGAAAAAAAUUAAUGGGAACAGGUAUGAGACUUGAACGAGUCAAUAAUUCUAAUACAACAUCUGUUCAAGACUAUAUUGGAUCACUUGUACCGUUUGGAACACAUUUUGAAUUUCAACCUGGUUCUCUUGUACGUGCAAUGAAAGAUGGACAUUGGUUUUUAGCAGAUGAACUUAAUUUAGCUGAUCCAUCUGUAUUAAGUAUUAUUUUAACAGUUCUUGAUCGAGGUGAAAUUCGUAUACCUGGAACUGGUGAAUUUAUUCAAGCUCAUGUACAAUUUCGAUUUUUUGCCACACAAAAUCCAGCUGGAUCUCAAUUUAAAGGUCGUAAUCGUUUACCACCUAUUUUACGUAGUCGAUUUAUGGAAGUACAAGUAGAUGAUUUUACUCAGGAGGAGCUCGUUAAUAUUUUAAAGAAACGUGUUGAAAAACCAUUGAUUGGCAUUCCAAGAUUAAUUUCAAGUAAUAAACUUUCUAUGCAUCCUAAUAUUGCAACUGUCAUGGCAUCUAUGUAUGUUACUCUUCGAAAUAAUCCAAAUCUACGCAUAACAAUGCGUGAACUUAUAAAGAUAGAUCGUCGUGCUUCAAUGUUUUCCAAUGAUCCAAACAAUUGGAAUUUUGCUGCUGCAUCAUUGUUAUUACCAAAAUUAAGUAUAUCUUCAACGCAGUUUGAUAUUUUAACUCAAUUAUUAGCAAAAGAAUGUAAGCGUGAUUUAAAUUUCUUUAAGACUCAUCCAACACCGCAUAUAGAACAGAAAUCAAAUGGUGUUAGUUUUAUUCUUGGACAAGUACAAAUUUUUGUUGCAGAUGCUCAGUUAGAACGAUCUGAUCUAUUCAAGAAUGGUUCAUGUCCACCAAUAUCAUUUAAAAGGGCACUUGCACACGUAGCUUUUGCUACAAAAGCUCGAGAACCAAUUUUGUUGAUAGGUCCAACUAGUUUCAAAACAUUAUUGGUUAAAACAUGGACACAAAUUACUGGAAGAAACAACUUAUUACAAACUGUUCAUCUAACUGGCGAAAGUGAUGCAAGUGAACUUAUUGGACAAAUGUAUCCAUAUUCAUUUUUUGCAACUUUAUGUGAAUUAGUAACACUUGCUAAAAUUGUUCUUGUGCGAUCUGCACUAAUAGUUUCGACAAAAGAUAAUGAUAAAGAAAAAAGUUUACAAGAAGAAUGGAAAGAUUUAGAACAAGGAUUAAGUUAUCACAUUUCUGAUUUUGAAA